UUAGCUCUACCCUCGUCGUUUUUACUCGGUUCAUUUCUCCGACUGCGGCUUUCCCACUCUUCUUUACUGAUUACCAGUUUUUCACCUCCAGUUCAUCAACUAUUCCAAUGAUUUCAUGCACCUGACGGCAAAUCAUCAAUUAACGUUUCUUUUAUCGAGAGAUUGUGCAUACUUUCCAAAAUGUCAUCCGAUACAAGCCCACUCAAGAAUUUUCUCGCAGGAGGCUUCGGCGGUGUGUGUCUCGUCGCCGCUGGACACCCGUUAGAUACCAUCAAGGUACGACUUCAGACACAGCCUACUGGCCCAGGAGUAACUCCAAUCUACAAAGGAACAAUUGACUGUGCAGCAAAAAUUGUCAGACAUGAGGGGUUCCGUGGCUUGUACAAGGGGAUGUUCGCACCUAUCCUUGGAGUCACUCCAAUGUAUGCUGUCUGUUUCUUGGGUUACAGUGUGGGGAAGAGCCUGCAGACAGCAAGGCUUCCAAAUGGAGAAUUUGCACCUGAGCAACUCUUCAUGGCUGGUAUGUUAUCAGGAGUCUUUACUACAGCCAUCAUGGCACCUGGUGAACGUAUAAAGUGUUUAUUACAGAUUCAAGCAGCAUCUUCUGGUAAAGCCAAGUAUGCUGGACCCCUGGACUGUGCCAAGCAGAUCUACAGAGAAGCAGGUCUCUUCAGAGGGCUCUACAAGGGCACCAUGGCCACACUGCUCAGAGAUGUUCCUGCUUCUGGUACUUAUUUCAUGACCUAUGAACUCCUUAAGAAAGGUCUUACACCUGAAGGACAAAAGACGAGUGAUCUGAGUGUGUUACGUGUAUUACUAGCCGGUGGUAUGGCAGGUGUAUUCAACUGGAUGGUCGCUAUUGCUCCAGAUACACUCAAGUCAAGAUUACAAACAGCCCCCGAAGGCACCUACCCCAAUGGUGUGAGGAGUGUGUUUGCUGAACUGAUAAAGAAAGAAGGACCUGGAGCUCUCUUCAAAGGCAUCACACCAGUAAUGCUAAGAGCCUUCCCAGCCAAUGCAGCAUGUUUCUGUGGAUUUGAGCUUGCCAUGAAGUUUUUAACCUGGGUAGGAUUGUAGCACCGUUGCCGUCCUCAAACUGUUUUCCAGAGAUGAUGUAGAUCCAUUCAACACUUCUCUAGAAGCGAUGCAAUCUUUGAUAACCUGAAUUCCAGAGUGUACGUCCUAUAUUCUUGUGGUGGGUGGAGGAGUGUGGCGUUCAAGUAUGUGUGUAUGAUGUAAUUGAAGUGAAGGAAAUUUUUUCAUCUCAUGAGCCAGAGGUACACAUAACAGUUGGUGAUUUCAAGUUCGGUGAUGACCUUUUGGUGUUGAUUUUUGGUGUUGGUUUACGCCAGCACCGCACCAAACUUAAAGCGGGUCCUGGGAUUAAUCUUUCUAGGUGUUGAGCUAUUACCUAUGUGACUUUGAUCAUUUAUGCACCGAAACACUUAAAUUUGUAUUAAGGUGUUUAAGUUAGGGAAUGUGUACUAAAUUGUGCUUCUUACACCAACACCGAAAUUGACAUCACCCAACAUCUCUACUUGCUUCUUAGGCUCUCUGUUGUCAUUGAAAUUGUCAUCUUUUUACAUGAAUUUUCAAUUAUAUCACCUUAAAGGUGCUUGUUAUUAUAUAUAUAUAUACUACAUUAUAUGAUGUAAUUUCAAUUUGAUAAUACUAACAAAAUUACACUGAAGAGAAAUCUCAGGAAAUAACUAUAUAGGUGAAUAAGAAAAAUGAUAAAUGUCAUGAUAUACAUGUAGCUAUAAAACAUAUUUUCUGUUUAGUGCGUUAGAGUUCAUUAUUAACAAAAGGAUAUUGUGCAAUUAUAUGCCAUCUUUCCUCAUUACUUUAUUCGCAGUGAAUCAAAUGCAAUGCAAAUCCCAUGUUUACAUGUGACACUAAAAAAUUAUACUAAUAAGGCAACAGCCUUAUUUGGGAAUUCUUAGGUAUAUGACAAUAUAAUGUUUUGCAUUAUUUCUUAUCGGGGCUACAUCCCAAGUAUUGUUAUUGUUUGCUAUUGUGACAUAUAUUGGAAGCUGGUCAGUUAUGCCAUUUUUAAUUGUUUUUCAUGUGAUUAUCUAUAUGUCUGCUUAUAUCCCCCCCUGGAGUGUCAGUCUACAUUAAAGAAGGUAAAUGUGAAUAAUAUGUAUGAUUUUUUUUUCUUUUGCAUGUUCAUAUUAGUUUUAAAUCAUACUUUCUGAUUUGGUUGAAUUCGUUGGGAUGGCAUGUAUUAGGAAAUUAUUCUAUUCGUUUGAUAGAUGCAGACCAGCAGUGCCUCUUUUUACAACGAAUGAUAAGAUUUUGCAAAUAUGGAUGAAUGGAGGUCCAAUUCAAAGUCGACAUUUGUUGACAAGGAAAAAAUUGAAAGCUUUUUCGGGCCAUUACAUACAUGUAUGCAUGUUUCUACAACCCAACAGAGAUGCAAUUAGUUUGUAUGUAUAUUAGAUACAAAGAUUCAGAAAUAGCAAUGAAUACACCAUACAACUUC